UUGUUCUGCUGGGUGUGGGAGCUUUAAUGGGAGGGGCCUCAGGGACAGGCAGGGCAGGGGCUGAUUGGAGAGGAAUUUGGGGAGCAAGAUGGAGGGGUGCUGUACCAUCAGCAUCAGCAAGAAGCAGAGUUACUUGUUCCCCACACUCCUGCGUCUCUCCACCAAAGAGCUCCCCAAAAUGCCACGAGUGCAACCUGACACCUCUUUCUGGUACUUUCCAGAGGUGGUGGAUAUCUGGGAUGUCGUGUCUGCCUACAUCCUAGGACAGAUGAAGCUGGACAAGGGAGUUCUUGUCCCAGGUCUUGGGACCUUUGCUGUGGUCCGUGAGCAAGUCAACAGCACAGAAGAGGUGUUUGUGGUUCGAAGACCCGUGUUCCAGCUGGACAUGGACAUGUCCUGUCUACGGGAGCUGGUGUUCCCAGCAGUGAUGAUCCCUGGUGACAUCAUGAUCAUGCCAUUGGAUUACUGGUGGUUGUCCCAGACCAAUUCCCUCCCGCCCGACGUGGUGAGGGGCUGUGUGGAGGAGACCAUUCUCUUGUACUCCUUCCAGCUGAGGGACAGGCAGCGCCCCACGUUCGCCUUUGAGAAUAUUGGCAUCCUGUCCUGCCAGGACAAUGUCCUGUGCAUGCAGUUCCACUGCAGCUGCAUUACAGGACUGGAGAUUCAGGACACCUGGGUGGCUCUGCUGCUCACAAGGCUAAGUAUGCCGGGUUCUGGUGUCAGCAAUGGAGUGACCACUGCUCAGGGGGUGCAGGCUGCACAGGCCCACAUGUUCCCCAGGUUUCAGCUCGCUGUGUCCGAUGCUUUUUCCACCCAACAUACAAAGGCUGCAGAGAAACACAGGGUCAGAACAGAGCUUCCUCCUUUCCCAGGGGAACAAGAGCAUCCUGGAAAGUUUUCCCUCCUUGUGCUACCAUACCGGAGGCCAGGCAUGAGGCAGCAAGAGCCAAGGUCAAAGCCACCUGCCAGUGUGCUCACCCCAUGCCCAGCCAGCUCUCCGAGGAUGAGGGAGGCAGGUGGGCAGGAGUUAGCUCCUUCAGCCAGGCCUGACAUCACACUCUUGGCUUCUGAGAACUGCCAAAGAGCACUGCAGGAGAUCUCGCAGCUGUAUGCAGAAUGGGAGCAUGGGAACUCCCACUGGAGAGAACAGAAGGUGGAAUGGGCAGCAUGGGAAGCCUGGGCUGCUGGGGAGGACCAACAGAUGCCGCAGGUAUUUGGCAUUGGAGGUGCUUGGGCUCCGCACUGUCCAUCCCAGCCCCCAAGAAAGGGGGUCACUGUGAGGCGGGGGAUGGCUAGAACCCCCCUCCCCACAGAGAAAAUGGCAGAGAUAUUCCAGCCUGGAAGCAGACACCUUUCCCCACGAGCCAUCCAGGUGCUCCAUGGGCUGGAGCCACAUCAGACACAGAGGAACAUCUUCAUGUUUUUGGCUGAGAACAACCGGCGGCGGCAGGGGCGGCAGGAGCAGCAGAGGCAGUUCUGCAGGACAGAAAAGUCCUGGCUGACAACAGAGGGACCUUGAUGGCAGGCCGUCCCCUUCCCAAACCUGAGAGCAUGUCCUUCCCUGGCAGAGUCCUACCCCACAACACCUUGUCCUGAGUGGGACAUCGGUAUGGGACACCCAAAGUCUCAGACCAACCUGGCUUUGCCUCAGGUGCACCAGGGACCUUCUCACGGGCUGGGAAAUCACCAGAGGCAUCUCCAUGGACGCCUUGACGUGAUCUGAUCCCAGGUGGCCUGAGCCAAUCUUGCAGAAAUUCUCUGCCUUCUGCCUGCCUGUUUGAUCGGACACCUCUCUUUCUCUC